UGCCGCCUCAGACAGACGCGGACGUCGAGCGGGAAGGUCCUUACCUGUGUUACUGGUUCAGAGCCGGUUUCCCUCCUCACAAACAGCUCACCAAACGCCCCAAACUGGACGAUAAGAUGGGAGUCACCAAGACCCCGCUGCAGAUCUUCGAGGUGCAGUUCAACGGGUCGCAGAGCAGCUACUCGGCCGGCGACAAGGUGUCGGGCCGGGUGCGGCUGCAGGCGGCGCACCCGCUGCGGGUGGACUCGGUGCGGAUCGAGGCGCUGGGCUACGCCCGGGCCGAGCUGAGCAAAGGCUCGCAGCCGCUGCGGCAGCAGCAGGAGUACCUGCGGCACCGCGACACGCUGGUGGCCGACGGCGAGGGGCGAUGCGCAGCAGAUGUGCACAGCUCUAUGCUUCUACAGCCAGGGAAAGUGUACGAGUACAGCUUCAACUUCCAGCUGCCUGAAGGGCGACUUCCUCCAUCGUUCAAGGGGAAAUAUGGUGGCGUGUGCUACCUUGUUACAGCCUAUGUUGACCAGGAGAAGCUCCCGUCCCUGCAAGUCAGCAGAAACUUUGAGGUGGUUGACCCCAUCGAUGUGAACACACCGAGUUUACUGUCCCCAGUUGGUGGUUCCAACAAGAAGAACCUGACUUGUUUCUUCCUUGCUGAUGGCUAUGUGUGCAUUGCAGCCAAGAUUGACCGGAAAGGCUACUGUCAAGGGGAUGACAUCUGCAUCAAUGCGCAGUUCCAGAACAACUGCUCGAGGAUUAUUGUGCCUAAGGCUGCCAUCUUGUCAAAGCAGACCUACCUGGUGAACGGCAGCACCAAGGUAGUCAAGGAGAAGCUCAACACUGUCCGAGGGAACCACAUCAUCUCGGGAAUGUCCGACUCCUGGUGUGGGAAGAGCCUCCGAGUCCCCACAGUGAAACCAUCGAUUGACUGUAGCAUCAUCCGCUUGGAGUACUCGCUGCUGAUAUACGUUCACAUUCCUGGUAGCAAGAAGCUGAUCCUGGACCUGCCUCUAGUCAUCGGCACCAUUCCGUACAGUGGCAUGGACAGCCGCUCAUCCAGCAUGGCCAGCAACUGCAGCAUGAGCAGUAGCAGCAUGAGCUGCACCAGCAUGAGCUGGCCACACAUGGAGUUUCCAGAGUCCAUGUCAACAUCUUCCUUUGUGGACAACCACCGAAUGGAGUGCCCCACCACUCCCCUGCUGGAUGAGUAUGAUGGUGUCCCGCAGAGCCCCAUCUUCAUGAAAUCCCUCUUUGACUAUUCCACCCCACCAGCCUACAGUGAGGUGGAUGAGAAUGGGAACAGUGAGGCUGCAGUGCAGUGAAGAGGCUGAUACAGCAAGGACAUUAAAUAUUAACUUGGACUUGCAUUUAAAUUAUGGUCGGUGGUUGAGAUGCUGGUGGGCAGGACCCUAAAGUGAAGGCGGAGGGAGCUGAACAGUGCCAGCAAGGAGAGGCAUCAGCUCCACGUACAAGGCCUUGACACAGUUGAUUCCAGCCACUACCAGCAGAUUUGGUUUAAUGUUCAAGUAUAUCGGUGAUCAUCAGGCGUUCGAAUCGAGGUUGCGUCGGGAUUCUAGGAAACCAUUGAGCUCCUCUUUGUAAGUGAGAGGUGCCAAUGGCACAGUAGUUAUUGAUCAUGGGUGUUGCAAAUAUCUUGUGCUUGGGUUGUUUCACUUUGAGGUGUUUUUUCAAAAAUCCUUUGCCUUAACUGAUGGGGCAGUGCAGGUAUUUCAUUGAUUGGCAGUGCCACAUCUUAGUGCCAGCCAGGGAAGUCAGUCUGCUGGGCAUUGCAGCAGAGACUGCCAUUAACUGCCCCCCCUGCCCAGCUGGGAUAGGGCAGGCACUUGAAUCUGAAUCUAAAUCUGCCCUUGGUCUGGUGAGGAUGAGGGAUGUGAUUAACAAUCCAAAGACACUCCUGAGUGGUUUCCAUUCCAGGAACUGCUGCCAAACUUUGUAUUCUUUCCACUCCACUAUGGUCUUUCUCACCCAAAAUCCAAUCUUGUGUUUCAUGCCAGUGUUGCAAAAUUGCAACUCCACCCUGGGGAUGCAGGAGACUACAGCUGCUGGAAUGUGCAGCAACAAACAAUCUGCUGGAUGAACUGUGUCAAGUAGUGUCUGUGUUGGGGGGAGGUGGGGUGUGAAGGAAGGAAUUGUUGUUUCAGGUUGAAAUGUUAGUUCUGUCCCCUGUCCCCCCCAUCCUCUCAGAUGCUGCUUGACUCAGUUCUUCCAGCAGAUUGCUUUUUGCUCCAACCUCCUGUUUGGAGAGAGCUUUGGUUUCUAUUGAAUGGGAUUGCUCAAAUCAACUCUCUGACUUGGGAUUUCCACAAGCCCUUGUUCAGUGGUGGGGCACUUCACUGUGCAGCUUUCAUUUAUGGUAUUGAAAACAUUUCAGUGCACUUUGCUUCAUUAUUCUGUCACCAAUUUUUUUUUGUACAAGUGUUUGUAUGAAUAAACACUGUUCCAGGUUCUCUCAACCUGUGGUCUGACCUGGGCUGCUGGGCCCAUUGAUCUACUCAUUGCUGUUGAAGUGUUGUUUUGAUAAGAUUUUAUUUAAACCUGAUUUUUCUACACUUUGCUAGUAUUGUGUAUCUUGCCAAAAGUUAUUUGUAUUUUUCUAAGCGCAAAAGUAUUUUAUUUUGUACACUUGUUUUGAAUAAAGCUGAAAUAUUUUAAAAUUA